UCUCCCAUCUUUUGUUCCUCCUGUCUAGUUGCCAAAUGACAAGCAGUCUUCUCCUCCUUCAGCGCAGUUACUGAAAGAAAUCAAUUCUCGCACCAAAACGCAGCACAUGGGAAGCUUAAACAACAGAGCAAGAAUCUUCACAGCUCACCAGCAAGCUCCACCUUGCACCCGUAUACACCAGAUCGGUGCUCUUCUCCUUGUCGCCGCUACCUUCUUCAUCACCCGCCUUUCCGACCAGUCAUUUUCCACCUGCAAUCCUUAUUCAUCCUUCAACCACGACCUCACAUCACAAUCGCAAAGUCUCAUCCAUGUAACUGACGGUGGAUCUCUAUGGUGGCCGCAGAGAGGUUAUGGUACUCAUCUGUCUCUGAAGAUCUACGUCUAUGAAGAAGAUGAGAUUGACGGAUUGAAUCAGCUCCUUCGUGGCAGAGACGGAAAAAUCUCCGCCGACGCUUGCGUUAAAGGCCAAUGGGGCACUCAGGUUAAGAUACACAGGCUGCUUCUAAAAUCAAGAUUUAGAACGAGAAAGAAAGAAGAAGCUGAUUUGUUCUUCGUUCCGGCUUAUGUUAAAUGUGUUCGAAUGAUGGGAGGACUUAAUGAUAAAGAGAUUAACCAGACUUAUGUCAAGGUUCUAAGUCAAAUGCCAUAUUUUAGACGAUCUGGAGGCCGUGACCACGUAUUUGUCUUCCCCAGUGGUGCAGGAGCUCAUUUAUUUAGAUCUUGGGCAACAUACAUAAAUCGUUCCGUAAUUCUUACUCCUGAGGGGGAUCGGACUGAUAAGAGAGACAUAAGUGCUUUUAAUACAUGGAAAGAUAUCAUCAUUCCUGGCAAUGUUGAAGAUGGAAUGACCAAAAGGCAAACCACCGUGGUUCAACCUUUGCCAUUAUCAAAGAGGAAGUACUUGGCAAAUUAUUUAGGUCGUGCACAAGGAAAAAUUGGUCGUCUUAAAUUAAUAGAGCUUGCCAAACAAUAUCCAGAUAAGUUGGAAUCUCCAGAAUUGAAGUUUAGUGGCCCCGACAAACUUGGAAGGAUAGAAUAUUUUCAACACCUGAGGAAUGCCAAAUUCUGCCUUGCUCCACGUGGAGAGUCUUCUUGGACACUUCGCUUUUAUGAGUCCUUUUUUGUGGAGUGUGUUCCAGUUAUAUUAUCAGAUGAAGCAGAGUUUCCGUUCCAAAAUGUGAUUGACUACACCCAGUUUUCAAUCAAAUGGCCAUCUACUCGAAUAGGUUCUGAACUUUUGUACUACCUAGAAUCAAUACCAGAUAAAGAUAUAGAAAGAAUGAUAGUCAGUGGGAGACAAAUUAGGUGUUUAUGGGUAUACGCCCCAGAAUCUGAACUUUGUUCUGCAACACAAGGAAUAAUGUGGGAGCUUCAGCGAAAAGUAAGGCUAUUCCACCAAUCAGCUGAGACAUUCUGGUUGCACAAUCGAACUAUUGUGAACAGAAACUUGGUCGAAUUCUCUAGUUGGAAGCCUCCCGUGCCUUUACCAUAGUUGUCCUUCAAAGACUUCUGCUUACAUCUUACCUGUAUAUCUGGGUAUACACUUCCAAUUCUUUAAUUUUGCUUGUAAUCUUUCUAUAUAUUUUGACUAUUGCCACUGAUUCACAGGUUCUAAAACACUUUCUGCUUACCUUUUUAGGCAAUUAAAUGUGUGUAUAGGCACCCAGUCAGUGUACGCUAGAGAAAUUGUUAAUGAUCAUACCAACGAAGUUUUGCUGAAUUACAUAUUUGCUGAUUCAGUUUCAUGAGCCA